UGAGGGCGACACCACGCAUGCGCUCACCCCAAAAGGUCAUUUCCCCCCGUCGGAAAGUCCUAGCGAUGUGGUUGGGCGCGCUCCGGCGGGGCCUGAGGCCUUGGAGGGCGCUCUCGACGCGGGCCUGGCUCUCCUGCUGGAGCUGCGGACUCUCCCUGCCUCCCUCCGGCGCCCCGUGUCGCUUCUGCCCGUCCUGCCGCGCCCUGCAGCCCCCAGAACCCCAGCAGGACCUCUUCAGCGUCAUGGGAUGCGAGCGCCGCUUCCGAUUGGACGCUUCCCAUUUGAGGCAGACUUUCCGGGCCUUGCAGGGCCGCCUCCACCCAGACCGCUUCAGCCACAAGCCGCAGGUGGAAAGAGGCUUCUCGGAAGAACACUCUUCUUUGGUGAACAAGGCCUACCGGACGCUCCUCGACCCCCUCAGCCGUGGCAUCUACCUGCUGGAGCUGAAUGGGGUUUCCUUAGAGCAAGGGACAGACCCAGGAUCGGACCCCGAAUUCCUAUUGGAAAUAAUGGAGGCCAAUGAGAGGCUGCAGGACCCCCAGUGCAAAAUGGCCGACCUCGAGAGGGAACUUGCCGCAAAACGAGAGGAAUUGAUGGAGAGCCUCAGCAGAGCCUUUGAUGCAGGUGAUCUUCAGGAAGCGAAAUCCCUUCUGACCAAAAUGAAAUAUUUUUCUAACUUGGAAGAGAAGCUCAAGGAGAAGAAAGCCCCGCCUUAAAGACAAGAUGGCAGCCGCUUCUAAAAACAAGAUGGCAGCCGCUGUGAGGACUAUGAAGGCAUCCCUUGACGGUGGCCAUUUUGGACCGUUUCCUGGAAGGAUAUCGCCAUCUUGAAACGUGCCUUGCUCUCUCACUCUCUCUCCCUAUAGUCCUUUUAAUUGUUUCAGGUGGCAUUUUGAAUUAUAAUAAUAUUAUUAUGCUUAACUGCGGAUCCAUAGAUGCCUGUCGGUGGCCAUUUUGGAAUUGGGACUAAAGACAACCCGGCGGCUAUUUUGGAAUGUGAUUGAAGACAAUGUAGCAGUAAUUUUGAAAUGGGAAUAAAGAAUAUUAAAUAAUAUAAAUAUGAAAAAUAAUAA